GCCUUAGCUCUCCCAACUCGAACAUAUCCUGAAACGGCCAGACUCCUACAUCGGCAGCGUAGAGACAAUCACACAGCCGAUGUGGGUUUGGGACUCUGAUAAGAAACUCAUGGUGCAAAGGGAGAUCAGAUAUGUACCUGGUUUCUUCAAGAUUGUGGACGAGAUUCUCGUGAAUGCUGCUGACAAUAAGAUCAACGAUCCGAGUAUGGAUACCAUCAAGGUCAACAUUGACGUGGAGAAUAAUAUUAUCUCCGUGCUCAACAGUGGACGCGGUAUCCCUAUUGAGAUACAUUCCAAGGAGAAGAUCUACAUCCCAGAACUUAUCUUCGGGCACUUAUUGUCGUCCUCAAAUUAUGACGAUGACGAGAAGAAGCUCACGGGAGGUCGCAACGGAUAUGGUGCCAAGCUGGCAAACAUCUACUCGACCGAGUUCACCAUCGACACUGCGGACAAGAACACGCACCAGAAGUAUGUGCAGACAUGGACGGACAAUAUGAGCAAGGUCGGCAAGGCGAAGAUCACAAAAAACUCCCGCGGAGAGGAAUACACCCGUGUGACGUUCAAGCCAGAUCUUAAACGUUUUGGCAUGGACUGCAUCGACGACGAUACCGUUGCCCUGCUCAAGAAGCGUGUGCAUGACAUUGCUGGGACCGUGAAGGACGUGAAGGUAUACCUGAACGACAAGCUGCUCAAGAUCAAGACCUUCAAGCAAUACGUCGAGCUCUAUGUCAAUUCGGCUGCAGAGCAGGCCUCGGAUGCAUCUGGAGGCGCUGCACAGGCGAAGCCCACCAUUAUUUAUGAGCAGGUCGGUCCGCGAUGGGAGGUGGCCUUUACCGUCUCAGAUGGCACGUUCCAGCAAGUCUCCUUUGCGAACUCGAUCUCGACAUCGAAAGGGGGCACGCAUGUCACCCUCAUCUCUGACCAGAUUGCGAAGAAUCUCAUCGCUUCGAUCGCCAAGAAGAACAAGGGUGCGGCGGUCAAGCCUGCUCAGAUCAAGAACCACAUGUGGAUCUUUGUCAAUGCUCUUAUUGAAAAUCCGACGUUCGAUAGUCAGACGAAGGAAACGUUAACACUGCCAUCGAGCAAGUUUGGCACGAAGCCUAAGUUGUCUGAUGAGUUCAUGAAGAAAGUGCAAAAGUCUCCCAUCGUUGACCACGUUUUAAACUGGGCGAAGUUCAAAGCCGAUCAGCAGCUCAAGAAGACGGACGGUGCCCGGCGGACCAGGCUCACAGGACUGCCGAAGUUGUCAGAUGCUAAUAACGCAGGAACGAAGAAGGCAUCUGAGUGCACGCUCAUUUUAACGGAAGGAGACUCCGCAAAGUCGUUGGCUGUCGCAGGUUUGAGCGUGGUCGGCCGUGAUGACUACGGUGUCUUUCCACUGCGCGGAAAGGUACUCAACGUACGGGAUGCCAAACACGACCAAAUCAUGAAGAACGAGGAGAUUCAGAACAUCAAGAAAAUCCUUGGUCUUCAGCACAGCAAAGACUACCGGGACCUCAGCGGCUUGCGUUACGGUCGACUGAUGAUCAUGACGGAUCAGGAUCAUGAUGGCUCGCACAUCAAGGGUCUGCUCAUCAACUACUUUGACUACUUCUACCCAUCACUGUUGAAGAUCCCAAAUUUCUUGGCUGAGUUCGUCACGCCGAUUGUCAGAGUCAGCAAAGGCAGUCAAAAGAUUGAUUUUUUCACGAUGCCGGAGUAUGAGCAGUGGCUCGAAGAGACUCCUGGCUCUGAGAAGUGGAAGGCGAAAUACUUCAAGGGUUUGGGUACGAGCACGGAUGAGGACGGCCGCAAUUACUUCAAAAGGAUGGACAAGCACGUUAUACCCUUCGACACGACCAAGGAAGGCGAUCGAGACCUCAUCGAGUUGGCGUUCAGCAAGAAAAAAGCGGACGAUCGAAAGGAGUGGCUACGUCAGUUCAAGCCUGGAACCUACCUGGAUCAUACACAAGAGAAGAUCGGUUUCGCGGACUUUAUCAAUCGCGAGCUUAUUCUGUUUUCCAUGGCCGAUAAUAUUCGAUCUAUUCCAUCCAUUGCGGAUGGAUUGAAGCCGGGCCAAAGAAAAGUUAUGUGGGCCUGCUUCAAGCGCAACUUGAAAGGUGAAAUCAAAGUUGCGCAACUCGUUGGUUACGUCUCUGAACACGCGCAAUACCAUCACGGAGAGCAAAGUCUGAUGAUGACCAUUGUUAACCUUGCUCAGGACUACGUGGGAGGGAACAACAUGAAUCUCCUGAUGCCGAAUGGACAAUUCGGUACUCGCGACCAGGGUGGUAAAGACCAUGCAGCUGCGAGGUAUAUCUAUACCGAAUUGGCACCAAUUACUCGGACGAUAUUCCACCCCGCCGAUGACCCGCUGAUGACAUCGCAGAUGGAGGACGGCAAGGUAAUCGAGCCGGAGUACUAUAUGCCUGUGGUCCCCAUGGUUCUGAUUAAUGGAUCUGAGGGUAUCGGUACUGGAUGGAGCACGUCUGUUCCUAGCUACAAUCCUGAAGAUGUUGUGGCAAACAUCAGGCGCCUCAUGGCUGGUGAAGAGCAGGUUCCCAUGCUUCCUUGGUGGCGUGGAUUCAAGGGCACUAUCAAGAAGGUCGGCGAUCACAAGUACGAUGUCAUGGGUACUGUGAACAAGAAGGACGACACGACUGUCGAAAUCACGGAACUUCCUAUCCACAAGUGGACUCAGACCUACAAGGUCGAGCUUGAGGCGAUGUGUGGUGAGAAAGGUGAUGGUGUGAUCAAGGAUUACAAGGAGUACCACAACAACAUGAAUGUCCACUUCGUGAUCACCAUGGACGACAAAAACAUGCAGAAAGCGGAGCAGCAGGGUCUUCUUGAGUUCUUCAAGCUCAUCACCAAGAUCAGCACUAGCAACAUGAUUCUGUUCGACUACGAAGGCAAGAUCAAAAAGUACGACUCGCCAGAAGAGAUCAUUGAAGACUUCUACCCCAAGCGUCUCGCGUACUACCAGAUGCGAAAGGAUUACAUGGCGAAGCAGCUGCAAUCCGAACUGGACAGACUGAACAACCAAGCUCGCUUCGUGCAGAUGAUCGUGGAGAAGAGGCUGGUGGUGGCUAAUCGCAAGAAAGCUGACAUUGUGGCCGAGCUGCGCCAGAAAGAGUUCCUGCCCAUUCCGAAGGUCUCAGAUGCCAAGAAAGCAGGUGAAACCACCGAGGUUGUGGAACAAGAGGAUGAGGAUGAGGAGGGCGCUGCCUCCUCGUCAGCACCGACUGCAAACGACAAAGACUACGACUACCUGCUAGGCAUGGCCAUCUGGAGUCUCACCAGGGAAAAGAUCGAUAGGUUGCUUCAGGAGAGCAGGAGAAAGGAGACCGAGCUUCUAACGCUUCUCGCGCUCACUCCCAUCCAAAUCUGGCAGAUGGACCUCGAUAAGUUCCUCGAGGAAUGGAGGAUCACAUGCGAACAGUGGGAGGACAAGAUCAUAUCCGCUGGAAGCAAUGGCAAGAAAGGCAAGCGCAAGCAGGCGACCUUGAAAUCUUUCAUGAAGAAAGGUAAUGACGAAGACUCUGAUGAUGACUUCAAGCCCGCCAAAGCUGCCGCGAAACCGAAGGUUAAGACUGCCCCAGCAAAGAAGCCUCCGCAGGCCGCACCAUCCAACUCGAAAGUCGACAUCGAAGACGAUGUUGUUCGGGUCAAGCCAGCCAGGAGGCUCGCGAAGCUUCCGAAGUACGAGUCUGACUCGGACUUCGAAACGAUAGACUCCAAGGCUGCUCCCGCUCCCCAAAGAAAGGCUGUCGAGGAGAAGGAGUCAGAUUCUGAUAUGGAUAUCCUCGUGCCGCCCUCAAGGAACAGUGACAAGGACAAAGCGAAGGCAGCUCCUUCCGUGAAGCGGAAGAGCCCCGACGUUGAGUGGGACUCUGACUCUGGAGUGCCUACGAAGAAGAGGAAGCCCAUCACAGACUUCUUCGACAAGGUACCCCCUGCGGCGCGAAAACCUUCUUCGAGUAGCCAGGCGGCAAAAAGCCGGGUUGCACCAGCCAAGAAAGUUGCGUCAAAGGUGAUCAAGGACGAGGAUGGCACGACGGACAAUGACUUUGCCCCACUCAAGAAGGCGGCUGCGAGGAAACCAUCCUCUAGUAAGCCUGCUGUUACGAAGAAGGCGGCGAGGAAGAUCAUCGACAGUGAUGAUGACGAUGCUGACGACUUCGACGCGAUCCCUGUGCCUGCGCGCAGCGAGGCGCCAAAACGCGCGGCAAGGGCCAAGACGAAGAAAUACAUUGAAAUUCCUUCGUCGUCUGAGGAUGAAAAGGCUGACGAUAAUGGCUCCGAGUUCGAGGACAUUUGAUUUGCUACUUUCCGUGCUUCUUUCUCUGCAUUAUAUCUCACAACGAUGACACCGCUCGCGCACAACAUCACAUUGCUGUAUUUUUACUUUGUUUUUCUGAUAGAUGUUGUUUUCGGUGGCAUUCCUCAGUAACUUAUGCGGUUUUCACUCGGUUCCCU